CCCUCGCCGGAAUAUACAUCUCUCUCUUUCUCAUUCUCUCUCUCACUCUCUCCCUCCCUGUCUCUCUCCCCCCUCCCUCUCUCUCUCCCACAUUACAAACACACACUCAAACAACACAAUUACUGAAAGACACAGUAAUGGCAAGUUCUUUUGAAGAUAGAAUAGCAGAUAAAGAACUGAAGCAUAAGACCAAAACUAUCCAAUUCUUUGGGCACACCACUCCCAUCAUUCUUCAAAAUGACAAUGGCCCUUGCCCUCUUCUUGCCAUUUGCAAUGUUCUUUUGUUGAAGAACAUUUUGAAUUUGAGUCCAGAUGUUGCGGAAAUCUCUCAGAAGAGAUUGCUUUUGCUUGUUGCAGAGCGGUUGAUUGAUUCAAACAGUCAUGUUGAUAACAAGGAUGCAGGAUAUGUGGAGAAACAACAGCAGAACAUAGCUGGCGCAAUUGAUUUGCUCCCCCGCCUAACAACUGGGAUCGAUGUCAAUAUAAACUUUAAGGGAAUUACUGAAUUUGAAUUCACAAGGGAGUCUGCAAUAUUUGAUUUGUUGGACAUACCACUCUAUCAUGGUUGGAUAGUUGAUCCUCAGGAUAGGGACACUUACAAUGCAAUUGGCUCCAAGUCUUAUAAUGCUAUAAUGGGGGAUCUUGUUGCCCUUGAAACCGAAACUGUGGGAGAUGAAUAUAAAACAAAGCCUGAAGAAGAUUUUGUUGAUUUUGUUGCUGCGACGACUGCAACUUUAGGAAUGCCUUCUCCUAGUCUUUCAAGAGGUUUAUCUUUUAAUGAUUCUACACUUUCUGUUUCCAAGCAUAACAAAGCUAGAAAGGGAGAUCUUGAAGAAGAAGCCGAGCUACUGAGAGCCAUGAAAAUUUCGGAGGCUGAAGCAUUAGCUUCAACCAAAGCUGUAUCUCCAGACAGUAGUGAUGAGCAGAAUGUAUCCACCAAUUUAAAUGAGAGUACACAUAGUACAAGGUCUGAAUCUGUAGGUCCUGUAGAGACAACAGAAGGGGAUGUUGGUGUGGAAGUUCAGACAUCUUGUCAGCAGGAACCAUCUAUGUCUAGUUGUAGCAAGGACUUGGAGAACAUCAAUUAUGAUCAAAUGAUUCCAGAAAGACAUAACUGUUUAACCUCAGAAUAUCAGCAGGAGAUCCCUAAUAGUAAGUUAACCUGUGAAGAUACUGGAGAAUGCAGCGAAAAGAAAGAUGUAGUUGUAAAAACCAGCUCUGAUUUUCUGGAUUUGCAAGAAGCUGCAGUAUCCGAUUCUCGCAAACCAGAUCCUCUGUCAACAUCUGCAAGUAGUGUUGAAUACUCUGAAGGUACUAAUCAGGCUCAGGAUCAGUCGGUGUUGAAGCUGAAUAUGAAGGAGGAAGAUGAAGAAAGUGCUCCUGAAACAUCGCAUGUUGCUUUUUCUGCAAUAGGUGCUGAGUUGGAAACAUCUGGUGAUAGCACAAGAUACAGAGAUGUACUUGAAGCUGUUACUCCUAGUGGUGAAGCCAUCGAGCCUAUUUAUGCUGGAGAAGAAUGCAUUCUAGAGCCAGGGACUACAUAUGAAGAUCGAGAGCCUGUGUAUGAAGGUGAGGUAGUUCUUGCUGAACAAGUGGAUAAAAACCGUAAAGAUGCUAGUGAUGUGACUUAUAAGACUGAAAUCAGUCCACAACAAGGUGAACUGAUAAAAGAUUUCCUAAAGGCAAAUGCUAGUCAACUAACUGUAUAUGGCCUGAUCUGUUUGCGAGAGGAACUAAAAGAACGAGAGCUGUGUGUAUUCUUUCGUAACAAUCACUUCAACACCAUGUUUAAGCUUGGUGGUCAGCUAUAUCUCUUGGCAACAGACCAAGGUUAUAUAAACCAGCCUGAUCUGGUAUGGGAGAAGCUGGAUGAGGUGAACGGGAAUACAGUGUUCAUGACUGGGAGUUUUAAGGAAUUUAAGGCGGAAGAAGAUCAUGUAAUUAGCACCUGGAAUGAACUAAACGCCCGGGCCAGUACUGCAGAUUAUCUUGCUAGUAUUGAUGAUCCAGUACCAGAUGAGUACUUACCAGAUGAGUACUGUUACAAUUCGGAUAUGGAAUUGGCGAGGGCUCUUCAGGAACAGGAAUUUGAGCAGCAGCCUCAACAUAAUCCACAGAAGCAAACUGUUUCCGGUGGUUCAGAGCUGAUUACAGGUCCCCAGGUAGGCAGUUCGGAUAUGGAAUUGGCGAGGGCUCUUCAGGAACAGGAAUUUGAGCAGCAGCCUCAACAUAAUCCACAGAAGCAAACUGUUUCCGGUGGUUCAGAGCUGAUUACAGGUCCCCAGUCCUCAGGGAGUAGCGACAAGUACUUGCCUCAACCUACCAAGCCAGUUACAAAAUCAUCGAAGGAUAAGUGUGAUCUAAUGUGAAAACCGUGGGGAAAUAGAUAUCCGGUGUGUAGAUGAUACUGUUAUGCUCUUUUGACAGAUUCCAUCCCAUUUCAAUCUUUAGACUGUAACUGUCAAACGUUGCGAUUUCAGGUGUAAAACAAAGUAAAUAUUGUUCUCAAAUAUUAGACUUUAUAUACAAAUACCGUCUGCCUCAAGAUACAGAGCUGGCAGACGUGUAAUCCAAAAUUU